CUUGACUUGGCAGGAUAUUGAACUCGGUGUCCCAGCUUUUUUUGCUCUUCAAAGUUCAAGACAGCCGUAACAACGAAGCCCGUCUGUGUGGUUGCUCAUCUUAUAGUGCCCCCGUAUGGACGAUGAGGAGGAUGAUUUGGUGUUUGGGCCAGUCCCCAACUGCUGGCGCACCACAUUCAGGGAGAUAAAGUGCGAAGACCGGGGCACACAGACACCUGGCCCUGUCCUGGCACCGACCAACGGCAUGCUGCCCUGUGGAGUUGCAGAGGAGCCCAGACCACUCUUCUACGGCAACGCAGGUUUUCGAUUGCACUUCCCAGCACACUUUGAGCUUGUUGGGGAUCAGGAAGCGAGGCAACGGGAGAGUGCAGAGGAGCAAAACGGGAUGGAGCGGCGACCCCGGCAGCAACCUGUGGCUCGCAGCAUGGAGGCCUGCAUUGGCCAGAAACUCCAGCUAAUAGGAGACCAGUUUCAUCGGGAACAUCUACAACUGUAUCAUCGAAACCAAAGGAACCAGGGGCCGCUGUGGUGGCGCCUGGCAACAGCUCUGCUCAGCCUUCUGUUUGACAGGGGGUUCAUUGCUGGAGGAGGUGGAGCAGGACGGAGGUGAAGGGGGUCUUCUCCUCAUGUCCGUUUUCAUCAUCUCCUAGAAACUGGACUCCUAAUGGCACUGUCAAAUCAAUCACGGGUCUGGUGUGGGGGGAAAAGAAAGGAGAGGCAAAAGGUCACCGCGGGACGGAGACAACCAACUUUUAUACAAGGACGUGUGUUUUUUCUUUCCAAGAAGAUGCCAUGAUGCCCCGAGAUUCCUCCACAGGACAAUGUGCAUAUUUUGGUAUACGUGUGGUGUAGUAGUUUUGUACAGUACAUUUUUCUUGUUAAAUUUUUUGCACUUCACAAUGUAUCCAUCUUUAAUGACCUCCACAGACCCUGGGAAUGCCUUAUUCAACGUCUGCUGCCAGAAUGAGUAUUGCGCAAUUUUUGCAGGCAAGAUAAGAUGGUUAGGAAAUGAAAGGAAGUGUGGUGUGAGGUUUUCUUUUCUGAAGUUUCCCAGGUAACCAGUCAAGUUGAUUUACUAAUUUCCAAAGAGGCAACUUCUCAGAACAAAGCAUUUUGCACCUCACCUCAAUGGAACAUUUUAAUACUUACUUUUCUUCUUGUUUUGUUGUUUUCCUUUAUUGUUUUCCUUUUUUACUUCUCCAUUUUCUGUGGUAUGGUAUUAACUUUGAACGUGAUCCCUUAUUAUCAUUCAAAAUAUUGGGUAAAAAGUCAAACUUCUGCAUAUGAAAAAGUCUGCACACCAGGAUAAUCAAUCUAAAUAUCUUUUAAUAUGCACAUAAUAUUUGAGUCAUGCUACAGACAAUUAGGACUUUGUAUCAGGAUCAGGGUGGAGCUUACAGUUCUGAAUAUGGUUUACUGGUAAAACAAGCCUGGCGACUGCCAACAUACCUGUGUAUAGCAGCAUUAUUCAGACUGCGAGCAAGCAUGGUUUGAUGCUGUUAUCAACAUUAGUAAUGAUGAAUGAAGGAUUAUUGACACUGAAAACAAAAUUCACACAAGAAAGAAAGAAUAUAAAGCCACAUGCAGUUAGCUGUUAUAAAUAGUUAUGAUGUUCAUUGACCAGACCAUGAUGCAGUAACAAGCAACCCAACAGUGGAUAAUUAACAGUAGACUAAUAAGUCAAUAUGUAAAAUCAACACAUUGAUCAACACAUCUCUUCAAUUAACAUGUUUUUUUAUUUAGCUUAAUUUGCAGAGUACCAUUUUGUAUCAGGAUCAUUCUGUGUUAUUCUGUAGUGAUCAGCCAAUAUUGAUUGAACAUGUAUUACAACUAUAAUUUUUUACUUAAAGAAAAGAUAUUUAGAUGAAACUUAUGGU